AGUAAUCAUUACAUUUUUGUUAUUGUUUUAUCAUUUUAUUGUUUUUAUUUAACUUUAAGCGUAAGAAAUAAGAUUUAGAAAUGGAGCACAUACAAACAUUGGAACAAAAAAUAGAUUAUUUACGGAAAACUUUACAAGAGAAAGAAAACGAAUUAUUUGAAAUGAAAAGAAACUGGAUGCCGAUGCAGCCAAAUAGUACGCAACCGGAAUUCACUACAUUAUACUCACGUAAUGAAAAUGUAACCAAAGUGCAGUAUGGUAAUAAACUUCCUAAAUGGGCUAUUGAAAGGUAUAGUAGGCAGAUAUUAUUGCCCGAUAUUGGAGUAGUGGGUCAGGAAAAGCUGUGUAAUGCUAAGGUGUUGAUUGUUGGUGCUGGUGGGCUCGGCUGUCCCGCUGCUGUCUACUUAGCUGGUGCCGGGAUUGGUGAAAUAGGAAUAAUAGAUUAUGAUAAAGUGGACAUAACAAAUAUACAUAGACAGAUAUUGCAUGGAGAAUGUGACCAGGAUAAAAGUAAAGCGGAAAGUGCUGCGGAGACAUUGAAAAGCAUUAACUCGAAUAUUAAAAUAACUCCAUACAUGGUACAAUUGGAUUCAACUAAUGCUUUGGAAAUUAUGUCUAAAUAUGAUGUCGUUUUAGAUUGUACUGAUAAUGUGCCAACGAGAUAUUUAUUGAAUGACGCUUGUGUGAUGACUAAGUUACCCUUAAUAUCGGGGAGUGCAUUAAAAAUGGAGGGACAAUUAACUGUAUACGGAUAUAGAAGUCAAGGAAAUAUAGAAAAGGAGGUGUACCAGGGCCCCUGUUACCGCUGCGUGUUCCCGCAGCCGCCGCCCGCGGAGACUGUGGGUAGUUGUUCAGCUAAUGGGGUGGCAGGACCCAUACCCGGCGUUAUAGGUGCAUUACAAGCUUUAGAAGCAAUAAAAUUGCUUGUUGGACAUAAAUAUGAGAAAUUGUUAGUGGAAAGGUUGUUAAUAUUCGACGGAGAUGACGUCACUUUUAGAACAGUGAAACUUCGUUCACGUAAUCUCAGUUGUCCAGUUUGUUCUGAAAACCCUGAAAUAACUAAAUUAAUCGAUUACGAAGUAUUUUGUAAAUCUCAAGCCAAAGAAAAGAAGAAAGAAGAAUCUAAAUCACGUCAAGAAGAGAAACAGAAACGUAUGACAGGUCGAAGUUAUUUCGGUUUCCGUAUAAAAAAUGGAGAAAAGAAGAAAUACAUACAGGAUGUUUUAAAAUCAGAAAGAAGAAUUGGUAACAGAUGUAAAUCAGAAUUCUGCGCUAAAGGCAUAUAUAGAUUCUGUUCUUCUAUCCCAGAAGAGACUAGAAGGGAGUUAUUCAAUUACUUCUGGAACGAUCUAGAUUGGAAGGGGAAGAAGAAUUAUGUUCGUUCUUUAAUAGAUAUUGUAUCACCUAAAAGAAGAAGGAAAAAUGAUACGAUAUCUAGAAAAAUAGAUACAAAAUUAUACCAUUUGAUAUAUAAAGAGGAAAGAUUGUCUGUAUGUAGAAUUAUGUUUUUAAAUACAUUAGGAAUAAAAGAAGCUAUGUUAAGAAGUUGGUUGUCAAAAGAAAAAAAUAAAAAACCUAAAAUACCAAUAAAAAGUCUAAAUGUAAACAGAUAUAUGGAUAAUUUACCGAAAUAUAAAUCUAAAUGUCAAUUUUGUACAAAUAUAGAAUAUGUAAAUGUAGGUAAUGUGAAAAAUUUGUACCAAUUGUAUAAUUUUUAUGUGAAUGAUGUGAAAAAUAGAGGUCAGUUGCCAGCUUCGAGGAAAACUUUCUCUAAUGUUGCAAGUAAAAAAAAUAUAAGAAUUUUUAAACCGAAAAAUGACGGUGAUGUUUGCGAUUUGUUUGGUGAUCACAAUUUAUUGCCAUCUAUGGAAUAUAAUAAAAAUGUCCCAAUUUGUAUGCCUUGUGAAGUAAAUUAUUAUUAUGAAUAAAGAUUUUUUUUUAUUUCUUUUAUUAAA